AUGUCAGCACCCGAGGCGGCUCCCGCAGCAGAGGAACCCCCCGCAGAAGCUGGGCCCACAGAGUCCGCUCCCGAGGGGGCGCCUGCAGCAGAGGAACCUCCUGCAGCAGAGGAACCCCCCGCAGAAGCUGGGCCCACAGAGUCCGCUCCCGAGGGGGCGCCUGCAGCAGAGGCUCCUCCAGCUGAUGCGCCCGCUGCUGAGGCUGCAGGCGACGCUCCCGCUGAUGCUGCAGCAGAGACCGGAGCCACAGAAGAAGGAGCUGCUGCCACUGAGGCUGAAGCUCCUGCUGAACCUGCUGUUGUUGAGGAGCCCCCUAAGCCUCCCACGCCUCCGCCUCCUCCAGUGCCCACCAGUGCCCCCCUGGACCUUUUCGUGGAGGACGUGAACAACAGCAGCUUGACCAUCGACUGGUCGGCACCAGAGACCAUCGGGGACUCUGGUCUGGACGGAUACACUGUUGAAUACUGCAAAGAUGGGACGACUGACUGGGUGGUGGCUAACGCUGAGCUGACCUCUGCCACACGCUACUGUAUUAAAGAGCUGACCACCGGUGACCUGCUGCAUGUGCGCGUGGUGGCUGUGAACCCGGGCGGCCGCAGUGACCCGGCCACCCUCGCCGCUCCUGUGCCUAUCCGAGAAGUUGGUACUCGACCCAAAAUUCGCAUGCCUCGCAAUCUCAGAUCUCGCUGUAUCAGACAGGUUGGAACACAGCUCAACCUGGUCAUCCCUUUCCUUGGCAAGCCAAACCCUGUCGUCUCAUGGCUCAAAGAUGGACAGCCUCUGGACAGUAAAAGAGUGAAUAUUAGAAACAGUGUCAAAGACAGUAUCCUGUUUAUCCGCACUGCUCAAAGGGAGGACUCGGGAGUGUUUGAGAUGACCGUUAAAGUGGACAGCUUUGAAGACAAGGCCACGAUCGAAUUGCAGAUUGUAGAGCUGCCUGGACCUCCUGCCAGUGUCAAGUUGGUGGAUACCUGGGGCUUUAACGCUGCUCUGGAAUGGACUGUUCCCAAGGACAACGGCAACACUGACAUCACUGGAUACACUUUGCAGAAAGCCGACCAGAAGACAGGGGAGUGGUUCACGGUGCAGGAGCAUUACCACAGACUCACAGCCACAGUGUCAGACCUCAUCAUGGGAAACUCCUACAUAUUUAGAGUCUUCUCUGAAAACCGAGUGGGCAAGAGUGAGAGCUGCACGGUCACAAAGGAAGUUGCCCAUAUUCAAAAGACAGCAAUCGUAUACAAAGCCCCAGAGUACCCUGAGCACGACUUCAGUGAGGCGCCAAAGUUCACGACCCAGCUGAACGACCGCGCCGCCACCGUGGGAUACAACACCAAACUGCUGUGUUCAGUCCGCGGAUCUCCCAGGCCCAAGAUCGAGUGGUUGAAGAAUCAGAUGAUCAUCGGAGACGACCCGAAGUUCCGGAUACUGUCCAAUCAGGGCAUCUGCUCCCUGGAGAUCCGGAAACCCUGCAGCUGGGAUGGGGGCGUGUACACAUGCAGAGCCAAGAACCAGCAGGGCGUGGCCACUGUGUCCUGCAAACUUGAGGUCAAACAGGUCAUACUCCCAGAUGGUGAGAAAGAAAAAUAA